AUGGCUAGACCUGUUUAUACUAAGGAAGAUAAAUAUGCGACAGCAAUAUUAGAUCAAAAAAAUCGUCCAAAUCGUUUAAUUAUUGCUGAUACUGUCGAUAAUGAUAAUAGUGUUGUUACAUUAUCACAACAAAAAAUGGAUGAAUUACAUUUAUUUCGUGGUGAUGCUGUUUUACUUAAAGGUAAAAAACGUCGUGAAACAAUAUGUACUCUCCUAGCUGAUAAUACUUGUCCAAAUGAUCAUAUACGAAUGAAUCGUGUUAUACGAUAUAAUUUACGUGUACGAUCCGGUGAUAUUAUUUCAAUUCAAGUAUGUCAAGAUGUUAAAUAUGGUAAACGUAUACAUGUGUUACCUAUUGAUGAUACUGUUCAAGGCAUAACAGGAAAUUUAUUUCAAGUGUUUUUAAAACCAUAUUUUGUUGAAGCAUAUCGACCAGUUAAAAAAGGUGAUGUUUUUAUUGUAUGUGCAGCUAUGCGUGCUGUACAUUUUAAAGUAAUUGAAACUGAUCCAGCACCAUAUUGUAUUGUUGCACCUGAUACAGUUAUACAUUGUGAAGGUGAUCCAAUAAAACGUGAAGAAGAAGAAGCAUCUUUCAAUGAAAUUGGUUAUAAUGAUAUUGGUGGUUUGAGAAAACAAUUAGCACAAAUUAAAGAAAUAGUUGAAUUACCAUUAAGACAUCCACAAUUAUUUAAAACUAUUGGUAUUAAACCACCACGUGGUAUUCUUCUUUAUGGACCACCUGGCACAGGUAAAACUUUAAUUGCACGUGCUGUAGCAAAUGAAACAGGUGCAUUCUUCUUUUUAAUCAAUGGACCGGAAAUUAUGUCGACAUUAGCUGGUGAAUCAGAAUCAAAUUUACGAAAAGCUUUCGAAGAAGCUGAAAAGAAUUUUCCAGCUAUUAUUUUCAUUGAUCAACUUGAUGCUAUUGCACCAAAACGUGAAAAAACUCAUGGUGGAGUUGAAAAUCGUAUUGUUUCACAAUUAUUAACAUUAAUGGAUGGUGUUAAACAACGUUCACAUGUUAUUGUUAUGGCAGCAACAGAUCGACCAAAUUCAAUUGAUUCAGCACUUCGUCGUUUUGGUCGUUUUGAUCGUGAAAUUGAUAUUAGUAUACCAGAUGUUGUUGAUCGUUUAGAAAUUCUUCGUAUACAUACAAAAAAUAUGAAAUUAGGAGUUGAUGUUGAUCUUGUACAAAUUGCUGAUGAAACACAUGGUUAUGUUGGUGCUGAUUUAGCAUCAUUAUGUUCAGAAGCAGCAUUACAACAAAUUCGUGAAAAAAUGGAUGUUAUUGAUUUAGAAGAAGAUACAAUUGAUGCUGAAGUUCUUGAUUCAUUAUAUGUUACACAAGAUAAUUUUCGUUUUGCACUUAAUCAAUUAAAUCCAUCAACUUUAUGUAAAACUAUUGUUAAGGUACCAACUGUAAAAUGGGAAGAUAUUGGUGGUUUAGAAAAUGUUAAACGUGAAUUACAACAACUUAUUCAGUAUCCAAUAGAAUAUCCUGAAAGAUUCGUCGAACUUGGUAUGUCAUUAUCACGUAAUGUUCUCCUUUAUGGACCAUCUGGUUGUGGAAAAACAUUAUUAGCAAAAGCUAUUGCUAAUAAGUGUAGAACUAAUUUUAUUUCGGUUAAAGGUUCUAAAUUAUUAACUAUGUUAUUUUGUGAAUCCGAAGCUAAUAUAUGUGAUAUAUUUAAUAAAGCUCGUGAAAAAGAACCAUGUGUGCUCUUUUUCGAUGAAUUGGAUUCAAUUGCCAAACUUCGUGGUAGUAGUAAUGACACUGCCGAUCGACUUACCAAUCAAAUUGUAAGUGAAAUGGAUGAUAUAAGUGACAAAAAGAAUGUUUUUAUUAUUGGUGCAACUCAUCAGCCAGAUCUUAUUGAUGCGGAUUUUCUGCGACUAGGUCGUUUCGAUCAAUUAAUUUAUGUUCCAUUACCUGAUGAUCAAUCUCGUUUAUCUAUCUUUAAAACAGCAUUGAGAAAAUCACCUGUAGCCAGAGAUGUUAAUAUUAAAUUAUUAGUUAAAGCAACUAAGGGUUUUAGUGGUGCUAAUUUAACUAAAAUAUGUCAACAUGCAGGCAAGUUUGCUAUAUGUGAAUCAAUAGAAAAGGGCAUACAACUCGAAAUUCAUCAUCAUCAUUUUGAAGAAGCUAUUAAACUUGCGCGACGUUCUGUUACUGACAAUGAUAUACGCAAAUAUGAAAUGUUUGGUCGAACACAACAUCCACAUGCUUAUGGUAUACAAUCUCAAUUUUCUAAUCUAACAUUGCAAGAAACUGGUGGAUAUGGUGGUCAAGGUAGACAUCUUGGUGUUUAUGAUGAUGAUCUUUGA